AUGUCCACCUCGCGUACUGCUACGCGCAAGUGUGAUCUGCAGGACGUAACGGAAUGUCCAAUAUGUUGCUUGCGAUUCGAGCGGCCACUUCAACUCAGUUGUGGUCACUCAUUUUGUGGCAAUUGUGUGGAUAGACUGAUUGCUGAUGCUCGUGGCCCUGGUAACAGAAAUGACAAUUAUUUGGAAGCAGUGCGAGGAUUAGCUGCAAACAUUGAUCAAGGAGUAAAUCCGCCACAUUUUAAUCGCAUGGAUCAAGACCUGUGGUGGCCUUUGAACCUGAAUCGACAGCAAAUGAUGCCACCGCCUCCUCCUGGCUUAGGAGGUAUUCCUCAUCCACCACGAUAUAUUCUUCGUAAUUUCAAUGACGAGGUGUGGUCACUUUUGUUUUUUGUGCAUAAUUUAUUGGAAUUUAGUAUUAGUGGAUUCCCCAAAUCAAGAUCUGUUGGGAAAUAUGGCAAACAAGCUCUGGCAGGAAAACUAAAA